AUAAUUUUUAUUCUUCUAAACAUACACAAAUGUACAAUUAUGAUGAUAUAAAAUUUAGGCAAGUAGAAGAUUAGGAUGAAAUAGCUAUAUCAAAAUAACUUAGCAUAUCGAGAAGAUUUGCAAGAUAUUUGUUAAAAUAGGCAGGACAUUAUGAUCGAGUGAGAAAGGCCCAGAAGGUAUAUGCAAAUCUAGAUAAACAAAUUCAAAGCUUAACAUCAAUAUUUUCAUAAUAUGCUAUUGAUGGAUUAAUUUAAUACAAGGAUGCAUAAAAUGAUUCAUAUACAAAAUUUAUGAGAGAUGUAGGAAUUUAGGAUGAUUAAAUAUUAUAAUUGUAUAUUACAUACAAAUUUGGUGGUUAAAAAGGAGCAGUUUUUACAUUGGACGAAUUCCUAUUGGGUAUGAUUCGUUUAAAGUAAAUUAAAUUGUAUAUUAUCAGAUGUUAGAGUAUCAAGGAUUUGAAGAAUAUUGUUCCUUAAUUAAAAUAGAAAAUAUAGAAAGAAAAUAAAUACAAAAAAUUAUAUAGUUAUUUCUUUAAAGUAAUGUCAUAAGGAAAGAAUGUAAUAAGAUUUACAGAGGCAAUCAGUAAUUGAUAUUUAAAUAAUUAUUAGCACUUUGGGAUUCAUUAUUAAAUGAAUAAUUCAAAGAAAUUAUUGAUUUCAUUUAAUUUUGUAAAGCAAAACCAGCAGAAUUUUAAAAUACAACAAAAGUUAGUUUUGAUUUAUGGUGUUAAGUGUGGAAAUUCUUUGAAAUAAUAGGAAGUGAUUAUACAAAAUUCGAUGAAAAUGGUAUUAAUUUAAAUGAAAAUUAGAUGCUUGGCCACUUCUUAUUUAUGAAUAUGUCCAAUUUAAAACAAAAUGAAAAAUCAAAUUUAUUAUAUAAAUAUAUAUAAAAUAAUCU